AACACACACUACUCUCAUCAGCCACUACACACUAGAUUUACACACAACAGUGGCCUGUUCUAGUCUUCCCGUGUGCAUUGCGGUGUGCGUGACAGGUAGCCAAGUCCAGACCUACUCGAGGAGGUUGUAUAGUUGCUGGAAGGUCCUUGAUUCUACCCCAUGCACAUUAUAGAUCUACACGUUAAGUAUGAAAGUCGCCUGCAAGUCGCACACACGCACUAAGUAGGCGAGAUUGUGUCAAUAAACUGACCCGUCUGUGCUGGGACUUACAUACUAUACCGUGCGUGCGCGAAGACAAGACUGGAACAAGAGGAGUUCGUAAGCUAGAUCGAAAGAGUGGAACUGCUGGAACUAAUGUGUGCAGCAGUGGUCUGUGUGUUCGACCGGUAUCGUGAGUCAAGCACGAGCUGCUGACACUGACACAGAUCUACCUUCCGUGGCUUUUGAGUACAUGUAUUGAUUUCUGGAAUCCUCGGCACCACCAUCACUGUUCGUGUUGCUGUGUUCAUCGGGAACUGCUGACCGACCACUGACUAGUCCACAGGAUGACGCAACAGCCAGUGACCACCUGCCAGCCGCCCGCUGAGAACGGAACACACCCUGUCUCUAGGAUCAAUGGCAAAAAAUCACCCCCCUCUCUGUCCGUGAAAGAAGUAGAUGAGAAGACCGGUGUCGUCACGGAUUUUGUUGACCUGCAGAAGUUGCCAGAGUUUCAAAUUCUCAACCAGAGAGUUUCAGCUGUGGUCCAGUCCAGUUCGUGGUGGGAACGUUAUGGAGUCGACAUGUUUAUUCUCCUGGGCGCUGUUGCUGGCUUGUACCUCAGUUAUUUCUGUCUUGCUUCAUCUGAUGGCAUCGUUUUUGCUGCAGGGAUCAUCCUAUUGGGUCUCUGCCAUACUCUCAUCUCAGUGAAAUCGGGCCACAAUGCUGUUCAUGGCUCUCUGUGCUCCUCGCCGUUUCUGAACAAAUACCUGGGCUACUUUUGUUCCGAUUUCGUCGGGUCAUUUUCUUCUGACGCUGGCUAUGAUAUUCACAUCAAGUGCCACCACCCGCAUACUAACAUUAUAGGUUUAGGUGACUCGAGCACAUUCCGCGCUCCCUUUGUGCCCAACUUUCUCUACAUGUUUGUCACCCCCCUUCUUUCUCCCUUUUUAAUUCCUUUAGUGUCUGUGAGAGAAAUGUACACAAAGUCUGCAGUGAAAAUCGUCAGGCAUGUAAUAGUUGCGUACGGAGGCUUUGCAUUUCAUUUAUACUUACUAACCACUGUAUCACAGCUUACAAUUUGGUCUGCUCUUCUUGUUUGCUUUCUAAGUCGAAACAUUCUAAGUAUACCGUACAUACAUGUGAACAUAUUCCAGCAUAUUGGUCUUCCGAUGUAUUCCCAACAGUACAGACCCAAAAAGGUUUAUCAGAUGACAACGGGAGUUCUGAACCUCCCCCGCAAUUUUGUCUUGGACUAUUGCUUUGGACACGGUAUAAUAAGCUGCCAUGUGGAGCAUCACCUGUUUCCCAAACUGUCUGACAACAUGUGCCUCAAAGUGAAAUCAGUUGUUGAAAACUUUUGUAAAGAAUAUGACUUGCCAUAUCAUUAUGACACAUACAUAAAUCGCACAAAGGCUUUUCUUUUUGAUUAUCAACGGCUCAUGGUCAAUGCUCCUCCAGUCACAAAAUUUGUUGGCUUGCAGUGAAAGUUUAGUAAUUUGAUGAAAAUUAGUAUCAAAGUACUCAUAUGCUUUGAGGAGGUUGUCAUCAGAAUUAAAAACCUAUUCUUUCUUCUGAGAAUGUCUGUCAUUUUUUAAGAUUCUGUACUAUGAAAAAUGAAAGCCUAUCCUCAAUUAUAUUUGACCAAAUCAUUUGUUUAAACACAUACAUGUAAUAGUUGGAUAAUGAAGACAACUCAGAUAUACAUAUACCUCUAUUAUUAAUUAACUGCAUUGAAUAUAUGAUAGAAAAGGAUUUGGGAAUGCUGUAAGGCAUUAUAAGCAGAUGUUGAGAUUUUAAUCAGGUAAUAAUGUUUAAAGAAGUCUUGUUAUAGUUUGAUAUGAAUGUUUCAGCAGAACCUCAUCUUUACUAUAAAUUUGAUAAAUAUCUGAAGCUGCAUUGUUUGUAUUUUACAUCAGGUUACUGUCUGCUGGUCAUUUUCGUGGGCAGAUCCUGGAGUUGCCUUUUAAUUGUAGCAGUUUCCUGCUGAUAUGCCAGUCUUUUUUUUGGUGUUUUUUUUGGUAGGUGUUUUAUGGCGCUCACAACUGCAUAAGGUCAUAUGAGCGCAC